AUGGCAGAGACUCAUGGUUUGAUGGAGAGACUGGAGAAAGCAGUGACUCGACUCGAAUCAUUAUUUUCAGAUUCACACAGAUCUGGUGGAAUGGAUUGUGAUGCCAUCAACGGAGUCAAUGGAAGCGUAGCCCCGUAUGUCGAAGCCUUCGACAGGCUGCUGAAUGGAAGCGUUGCUGAGUUUCUCAGGUACAGCAAGAUUCUGGAAGGUGAUGUGAAGACACAUGCAGAGAUGGUACGGGCUGCUUUCCAAGCGCAAAGAUCUUUCCUGGUGUUAGCAUCUCAGUGUCAAGAGCCCCAAGAGAAUGAGGUGGCAAUGCUUCUCAAGCCCAUAUCAGAGAAGAUUCAGGAAAUCCAGACCUUCCGAGAAAGGAACAGAGGAAGUGAAAUGUUCAACCACCUGUCGGCUGUCAGUGAAAGCAUACCUGCCCUCGGCUGGAUCGCAGUGUCUCCUAAACCAGGCCCUUAUGUCAAGGAGAUGAAUGAUGCUGCUACCUUUUAUACUAACCGGGUGUUAAAGGACUACAAGCACAG